GUUGAAAUGAGUGAUUUACCAGAAGGAUGGGUCAAGAAGAUGUCUAAAACUCACGGCAAAGAGUACUAUUAUAAUAUGGAGACUCAAGAAAGCACGUGGGAGCACCCAGAACCAGCUCCACGCGCAGACAAAGUGCGCGCUAGCCACUUGUUGGUGAAGCACAAAGAUAGUCGGAGACCAAGCAGCUGGAAGGAGGAUAACAUCACCAGGACUAAGGAGGAAGCUCUGGAGAUUCUUGACGGGUUCAUCAAGGAGAUAGAGGAUGGAGCAUCAUUUGCUGAUUUAGCAAAAGUUAACAGCGAUUGCAGUUCAGCUAGAAACGGUGGUGAUCUCGGCCACUUCGGCAAGGGACAAAUGCAGAAGCCAUUUGAAGAGGCAACUUUCGCUCUCCAAAUUGGUGAAAUGAGCGGUCCUGUUGAUACCGAUUCCGGUGUUCACGUUAUCUUGAGAACCGGAUAAGUUUUACAAUUAGGUGUGCUUUGAUGGGUUUGUAAUAUUUUAUUUCGGAAUUUAUUGAACUACUGAUUUCUUAUUUGACAUUCAUACUUUUUAAACUAUACUA